AUGGCCGGGACAAGUGACAGAGACCUUCAUGCGGAAGUGGAGGCGGCCAAGAUUUACAAGGCCUGCGGCCUAGAAGCCCGUGAGCUCCGCGGCCUGGUGGAGCCUUCCGCCCUGAGGGGCGCCGGUUUCGGUGCUGCGGAGGUUCAGUCCAUCGGCCACAGCUUGAAGGAUCUUCGGAGGGCAGGCUACGAGGCCCAGGAGUUGCAACAACUUGGCUGCCGCGUGGACGCCCUGCGAGCUCUGGGCUUCAAGGCAAAGGAGUUGAAGACGUUGGGUCCAAUCCCUCUGCGCGAGCUACAGCGCUUGGGUUGUGAUGCCAAAGAGCUUAAAGCCUCGGGAGACAGUGCCCUGGAUCUCAGGUUGGCUGGCUUCAGCUAUGCGCAGCUCAAAGAAGCUGGCUUUACG